AUGAGACUCACCGCCCUUCUCCUCCCAAUCGUCUUGGCAGCACCGCUGUUGCCCCGGUCUACCACGACAAAUGCGGCCCCGUCACCCAGCUACCCUGGCGAGGUCUUUGUCGAAGUACAGCCGCACUGUCCCUCCUUCGAUGCCGUGCGGCAGGCUCUCGCCCAGGUCGACCAGCACUUGGACGGAGCGAGAGACUUCUACAAACGCGCUUUCGCACUUGCGAAUCAGGACAGAGGAAUUCAAGACGUGCUAAGGAGUACGAAGGAGGCGAAGAGGGCACUCUUGAGAAGUCUGGAGAUGAUCGAAGACGCCGAGAGGAGAUUGACGGAGCUUGAGGGGAAGACUGAAGGCAGAAGAGACUGA